AUGGACAAGGUUAGCAAGAUGGUCUCUGAGAAGCCGGUGGUUAUCUUCAGCAAGAGCUCGUGCUGCAUAAGCCACACAGUUAGGUCCCUCUUCUCGGAUUUUGGGGUAAACCCGACGGUGUAUGAGGUCGACGAGAUUUGUAGGGGCCGUGAAAUCGAGCAGGCCCUAUCGAGGCUCGGAUGCAAUCCCACGGUGCCGGCAGUGUACAUUGGGGGUGAGCUGGUGGGAGGGGCAAACGAGGUCAUGAGCCUCCACCUCCAAGGGGCUCUCAGGCCCAUGCUCAAAAGGGCUGGGGCCCUCUGGCUUUGA